AUGAGUACAAAUGGAAGUGGUGAUAACUUGUUGACUGCAUUGGUAGCGGGAUCGACAGCUGCUGCCGCUACAUCCACAAUCACUUAUUCAUUAGAUUUUAUUAAAACGCAACAACAAUUGAACAAUGCUUCAUAUAUGGCAAAAUGGAAGGUUCCAGGAAAUUUCCCAUCUUCUUUGGCCCAGUUACAUAGAGGUUGUAGUGCCUUGGUGCUAGGAUCAGUAAUGAAGAAUUCAACUAGACUUAUAGCUUAUAACUGGCUGUGUAAAUUCAUGGCUAUUGAAUCUCAUAAUGCACAUGGUACUAAUAAAACAAAGACUAGUGCUCCAAGAAUAGUUAUAGCAGGUAUGAUGAGUGCAUUUGUUGAAACCUUGUGUUUAAUACCAUUUGAAAAUAUAAAGAUAACCAUGAUUCAAAAUCAAUCCCUUCAGAAUGAUAUGGUUAGAUCUCCUAAUCUUGAUGUAACUGGAUCAGGUGUCGUGGGAAAGCAUCAUAAAACACAUGCAACAGUCUUUUCAAAGCAAUAUGUUUCACCCCAUGCUUAUUUCACGGGUGAUGUUAUAGCCCAAUACAAAUGUGGAAAGAAUUAUUCUAAAUUCCAACCUCCUAAACCGCAUGAUCCAUUGGAUAUAUUAAAGAUAAAUUAUAACAAACAUCCUUCAUUGACCUUUUUAGGAACCAUCAAAGAAAUUUACUUAUUGAAGGGUUUAGGUGGAUUCACAGCUGGUACAUUCAUUACCUUUUCACGUCAAAUAGCGAUAUCUACAGUUUGGUUUUCAACUUAUAAUGCUACUAGACAACUUAUAGAUCCACAUAAUACUGAACAAGGUUGGUUCGGUCAUAAUCAUACUGCUAUACAACUGGUGGGUUUACAUUUAUUGUCUUCGAUUGCUGUUAUAGCUGUCACCCAACCUUUGGAUGUUGUCAAAUCACAUAUUCAACUGAAAAAUGGUAAGAUGAUUUAUAAAGAUUCAUUAAGCACUGCUUAUCGAUUAUUUUUAGAUGAGGGAGCAAAAGCAUUGUUUAAGGGUGCUUUACCAAGAGCUUUUAAAGUGUUGGUGAGUGGAGGUUUGACAGCUGCUGUAUAUAGUAAAGUCGAAGGUGUCGUAGAGGUUGCUGGAGGUCAAACACUUUUUGCGGAAUAA